UAAUUUUCUGAGGUUAUGCCCGUUUACAAAAAAUCCGCGGUCACACUGCCGGGACAAGAAAAGCCAAAAACUUUUGAAAACAAGGAAAUGCCGAAAAAAAUAGUAGCCUCUUCUGUUAAGCUCCCGGCGCCCGGGGGGAAAAAAGGACAAGCCCAUUGCGUACUCUGCGCAGUCGUGGCGGAGCGAGUCUGUCAGCGAUGUGGGGACUUUUACUGCUCGAAGGAGUGCCAGAUAAUGGACUGGCAGCGCCACCGCUAUAUCUGCUUUCCGAUGCCGGCUUUGGUGAUGCCCGAGGCGUUUUCGAUUCUGCAAUCCCAGGAGGAGCUAUCGAUGGACAUUGCAAGUGUAUCCAAGGCCGGUUCGAUUAAAGCGGCUGCAGCUCCUAUGCCUAGUGAUGCAAGCAUCAGCGAUAAGGUUAGCAGCUGCAGCACCACUCCAACUAUAAGUGGAAUUGCCACACAGAUGGCUGCAGCAGAUACUAAAAACAGCAUCCCGACCCCGAGCAGUGGCAGCAUUAAAACGAAAAACAAAACCACGUUCCUACCGACUGCGGUAAUACCGUCCACAAAUAGUGUGGUCAUCAUAAGUGGCUUCCGCUCUGCGAAUCGCUGCUUAGUCUGUAGCGAAUCCGCUGACCAAGCAUAUGCCCAAGUGUGCGAGAAGGUCAAUGCGCUGGGUAACGAGAUGCCAAGAGUAAAGAAUCCUCGAAUCCACGGCUUCGUGUUAGCGCUCCAUAAUGGCGCAUUCCAGCGGGCCAAGGUUCUGCAGAUGCUCCCGGAUAAAUCCGCCAAGCUUCUGUUCGUGGAUCAGGGUAUAACCAAGAUACGCAAUUUGGAUUCCAUGCGCGAAAUAAGCGACGAGAUACUGGCUCUCCCGAGCUUCUGUUUUCUGGUGCAACUCAAGGACGUGCACAACUAUAGCAUAACCAACGGUAUCCUUGACUUUCUCUCACAAUUCAAUGGUGAAAAAUUCAUUAUGCAGUACGACUCUGGCGGCAAAUAUAACACAAUCUCUGUGGAGCUUGUGAAUGUAAAAACGCAAAAGUCACUGAAUGAGACGGUGCGUGAAUAUUACUCCUCAAAGAAGGUGUACAAUAGCAAGAAUGUAUACCCAAAUCGGAAGAAGAUGGAGAGUAGUGUUUCAGCUGCGUUAAAGCCUCUGGAGGAAGGCCCGAAUGUGGUAGCAGAGGAUGCCCCUCCUCCAACAGUGGCGCCGCCUCAAGAACCAUUGAAGCAGACAGAGACAAGGAGCGAGCCGAUCAAAGAUACAAUACCAACUGAGGCAUCUGUCUUGCCUGCAAAGGAACAGCCAAAAAAGGAGCCAACUUCAGUUAAAGAAUUCCCAUUAGAAUUGAAGGCUGCUACAAAAGCAGCCACAGCAAUUGAUGUGCUCCCUGAGGAAAAAAUCGAACUGAAGACAGUCGACAAAACCGUUUCCUCCAAACUGAACGGGACAGCAGCCACAGCAAUUGAUGUGCUCCCUGAGGAAAAAAUCGAACUGAAGACAGUCGACAAAACCGUUUCCUCCAAACUGAACGGGACAGCAGCCACAGCAAUUGAUGUGCUCCCUGAAGAAAAAAUCGAACUGAAGACAGUCGACAAAACCGUUUCCUCCAAACUGAACGGGAUACCACUCGCACCUAAUGUCAAUGGAGCUGAAGGGUCCAACAAUGGACCGAUUUUAGUGCCGCCCUUUGAGAUGAAACAAUUGAGUGUCAGUGACAAGGCGGGCAUCGAUUUAUACAUUGUGGAUAAUUCCAAAAUCUCUCGUGGCAUGUUUGGCGCCUUUGAUCGUGUCUUGGCCAGCGAAUUUGGACGUUUGAAUACAGCCAUAUCCAAAAUUAGCCCAUCGAAACCGUAUACGCCAGUUCUAAAGGAAUAUGUUUUGGCCAAAUUUGAGAAAAGCUUCUAUCGUGCCAAAGUGGAGCAGAUCAAGCAGACGCCGCAGACACAGCAGACAGUUUACCGCAUGACAUACCUGGACUACACAAACAUCGAAGAAGUAACCGCGGAGGAUAUAUGCCGAUAUCCGGUGGAUAUGGAUUUUCCUUGUAUUACCAGCAUUUGCAUGAUUGAAGAUUUCCCCCAUAAACCGAAUGCCGAGCAGAUGGCUUACUUGUCUGAGGCCCUAAAAGUGCACGAAAUCAUUCACGUUGAUGCCGUUUUCUAUAUGAAGAAUGUGGCUUGGAUCAAAUGCAAUGAAUUAAUCAAGAAACUGGAGACAAUGUAGGGGAUUCCCCUACAAUUUCAAAUAUCAAAUCUCUCAGUGAGCUUAAGGCCUCAGCAGCUAUAGCCCCAUACCCUGUUAAUACCUAGUUUUAACUAUUUAUUAGCUUUAUAUAAUAAUAAUAAUAAUAAAAUAAAAAUCUCUCAGACUAAG